CCCAAUUCCCAGAGGAAUUGCAGAUCCAAAACGGGGGGAACCAGGUUUCAUCAGGAGUGGAUUUUCCUGUUGAGCCAGACGGGCGGGAUCCCUCCCACUGAUGCUUGCCAGAUCCACCAGCCAGUUGCUCUCAGGUGUUUCAGGAUCCCGGGGAGCCACGCAAGGGAACUGGGUUCUGGAAGCAUCAAGACUGAGCCAGGGGUCCUCCGUCUCGCAUCUGUGGCGGACAAACAGGUGAGUUGGGGCAGGGGUUGUCGCAGAGAGUGGGGGACAGGGCCUGGAUUCCAUCUUUCCCACAUGGGAGAGAAAGCUGCUAUUGAAUUUCUUCUCCUGGCUAAGAAAAUCACCGCAUCUGGUUUUUUUUUUAUUCUUAUUUUGUAGAAUUCUAAGGUCUCAAAUAUAUAUAUAUAUAAUUCAUAAAUGUACAAGGCAAACAGAUACAUAAGUAUAUAAACCACAUGUCUGAAAUAGUACAGGAGAGCAUCUGGGGGUUUUGAGCUUGAGAGAAAAAGCAAGUAAGAGCUCACAUUUUGGACUCACAGCUGUCUAUGGAGGCACAGAAAAGGAAGUUCUUACAGUGGUACCUCAGGUUAAGUACUUAAUUCGUUCCGGAGGUCCGUACUUAACCUGAAACUGUUCUUAACCUGAAGCACCACUUUAGCUAAUGGGGCCUCCUGCUGCUGCUGUGCCGCCAGAGCACGAUUUCUGUUCUCAUCCUGAAGCCAAGUUCUUAACCUGAAGCACUAUUUCUGGGUUAUCGGAGUGUGUAACCUGAAGCAUAUGUAACCUGAGGUACCACUGUAUUUACACUGCGUAUAGUAAGGGCAUGAAUUCGAGCCAUUUCCCCCUUGCCGCACUCCUUUCACAGGGAAAACCCACUCUUAGCUCGGAGCAAUGUCAGCCUGGAGAAAACCCAAACUGAGCACUAAAGAGCUGGUUUCCCCCUAGGAAACAGGGGGUGGGGGCAGGAAGAGAAAUGGGACGUAAGGAAGUGUGGAUGAACUCUUAAGAGGCGACACAGCAGAAGGUGCAUGUCUUUUACUGCUUCUUUUAAUUUUUCCCAAUUACCUUACGGAACUCCCUGUCGCAGGAGAAAGGGAUGGCUUCCAACUUGGAAUGGCUUUGAAAGUGGAUUAACGGAGGCAGAUUAGCAGAGACAAAGGCCACUGAUGGCUGCUAAGCUCUCCAACUAUAUCCACCUCCACGGUCAGAGGCAGUAAUGCUUCUGAAUAUAAUUUUCUUGAAAAUACAGAAGGGGAGAUUUGCUGUUCCCCUCAGGUCCUGCUUGUGGGAUUCUCAUUGGGGCGAGUGGUGUUGGGGGAUGAGUGUUCAGACCCCUGGGCUCUCACUUGUGGGGUGCCUCAGGGCUCCGUCCUCUCCCCCAUGCUUUUUAACAUCUAUAUGAAACCGCUGGGAGAGAUCGUCAGGGGGUUUGGGCUGGGUGUUCAUCAGUAUGCAGAUGAUACCCAGCUCUACCUCUUUUUAAAAUCAGAACCAGUGAAGGUCCUUUGUGAGUGCCUGGAGGUGGUUGGAGGAUGGAUAGAGGCUGAAUCCUGACAAGACAGGAGGACUGUUUUGGGGGGACAGGGGGCAGGCUGGUGUGGAGGAUUCCCUGGUCCUGAAUGGGGUAACUGUGCCCCUGAAGGAUCAGGUGUGCAGCCUGGGAGUCAUUUUGGACUCACAGCUGUCCAUGGAGGCGCAGGUCAAUUCUGUGUCCAGGGCAGCUGUCUACCAGCUCCACCUGGUACGCAGGCUGAGACCCUACCUGCCCGCGGACUGUCUUGCCAGAGUGGUGCAUGCUCUAGUUAUCUCCCACUUGGACUACUGCAAUGCGCUCUACGUGGGGCUACCUUUGAAGGUGACCCAGAAACUACAACUCAUCCAGAAUGCGGCAGCUAGACUGGUGACUGGGAGCGGCCACCGAGACCAUAUAACACCGGUCUUGAAAGACCUACACUGGCUCCCAGUACGUUUCCGAGCACAAUUCAAAGUGUUGGUGCUGACCUUUAAAGCCCUAAACGGCCUCGGUCCCGUAUAUCUGAAGGAGCGUCUCCACCCCCAUCGUUCUACCCGGACAAUGAGGUCCAGCUCCGAGGGCCUUCUGGCGGUUCCCUCACUGCGAGAAGCCAAGUUACAGGGAACCAGGCAGAGGGCCUUCUCGGUAGUGGCACCCGCCCUGUGGAACACCCUCCCACCAGAUGUCAAAGAGAAAAAUAAUUACCAAACUUUUAGAAGACAUCUGAAGGCAGCCCUGUACAGGGCAGUUUUUAAAAAAUGUUUUAUUAUGUUUUUAUAUAUGUUGGAAGCCACCCAGAGUAGCUGGGGUAACCCAGUGAGAUGGGCGGGGUAUAAAUAUUAUUAUUAUUAUUAUUAUUAUGGAAUAGGAUGUCCCUAUUUUCAUCAGAGAAAUGUUGGAGGGUAUGCUAACCUACCUCACAGGGUUGUUGUGAGGAUAAAAUGGGGAGGGGGGAGAGAUUUAUAUGUGCCACCUUGAGUUCCUUGGGGUGGGGGAAGUAGGCUAUAAAUUUAAUAAGUACAGUGGAACCUCGGGUUAAGAACUUAAUUUGUUCUGGAGGUCCGUUCUUAACCUGAAACUGUUCUUAACCUGAAGCACCACUUUAGCUAAUGGGGCCUCCUGCUGCCGCUGUGCUGCCGGAGCACGAUUUCUGUUCUCAUCCUGAAGCAAAGUUCUUAACCCGAGGUAAUAUUUCUGGGUUAGCGGAGUCUGUAACCUGAAGAGUAUGUAACCUGAAGCGUAUGUAACCCGAGGUACCACAGUACAUAAAUAAUCUGAUCCACAAACCAUGGGGGUCCUUGUCCCAAAUCAGCAGACCACGAAAUACAACCAUCUAAUUUUCCCCUAGCCUAGCCUAAAACCUUUGAAGUCUUUUUGCCUUCCUAGAGCAGGAAGGCUAUCCUCUGAUCAUCUGAUGUUGUCUGCGCCUUUUCUCGAACCCUUGGCCAGUGGUGGUGUCACAAAAAGCAACAGAUGCCUUGCUCCGUUUCCCUGGUGCUGCAAAAAAAAGCAUGUGCUGAUUGCAUCUGCACAAUCACCGCAGUGUUGACUUUGAUCCUGAGAUUGUAAGCUUAGUGGGGCAGGGACCUGUUCUCUUAAUCCAUUUCGCAAUUCAUUGCUUGAUUGUAAGGAAACCGCAAAGCAAUUACUAGGACUUCCAAGGAGACUCUCUGUACUUUGGAAAGCUGAGCCGCUAUAGAGCAGAUCAGGGAAAUACCGGUCCCUCCUUUUUUGCAGCUGGAGGGCUGCACUCACUUCUCCACAACCAUCCGAGGGCCACUUGCCAGCGGCGGGAGGGGCCAGAGACAAAAGUGGGAGGUUUUUAUAUUUGUGCAAUAGGCUAGCUUUUUCACACUCACACUUCCCUCUAUCCAGAGGCGCCGAGUUCUGUGCAGCAUGCGGGGGCGGGGGGCGGAGCUUGUCGAAUGCACAUGAUGUCACACGUAUGACACACACGUGUGACAUCACACCUGGCGGGAGGAAGUCUUCCUUUGUUCUAGAUAUAAUUUUAUAGUGUUGUGAAAACUUCAAUAACAAUUUGUAGAAGGAGGCUGCAAGUCCCUACAGGGCCCUCCACUGCUAUGGGGAGGACCUGCGGGGACCGGUCUGGGCCCUCAAGAUUGUGGGGGGGUCAGGCCCAUCUCCACAUAUUUUGGGGGGUCUUUCUUUCUUUCUUUCUUUCUUUCUUUCUUUCUUUCUUUCUUUCUUUCUUUCUUUCUCUCUCUCUCUCUCUCUCUCUCUCUUCCAGCCAGGCAAAGCAUCCAUUCCAACCAAGCCCAUACCGUUAAGGGUGGGUGUGUGGGUGUGGGUGUAUAUGUAUGUGUGCCAAGCAGAAUCAAUGAGGGAUCUGACCUUGGAAGGAUCCCCCAAAAGAGGAGGGGGAUGCAGAAGAAGGACCAUAGCUCAUUGGCAAAGCAUCUGCUUUGUAUGCAAUCCCAGGCAUCUCUACGUUGGGCUGGAGAAUGAAUUUUAUUAUUACGGUCACAGACCAGUUCCGGCUCACUUACAAUAUCGGAAAAAUCAUAAAACACAACAGGAAUACAUUGGAUUGCGAUUGGGUUUAACAGAGACACUUCCGAUAUAACAGCAGUUAAAAAUAUACAUUAAAUCUUGAUCACUAAAAUAUAACCUAAAAUUGUCAUUUAAAACCGUAAUCAUUUUGGUAGUACAGCCUGUUCCCUAAGUUGGAAGCUGGAGAAAGACUCCUUUCCUAAGACCCUGGAGAGCUCUUGCCACUCAGUGUGGACGAUGCAGAGCUCGCCGGACAAAUGAUCUCAUGGAGCCCAAGGCAGCUUCCAAUGCAGAUUAAAAACUUUUCUGCCUCUCUCCUAGCACUGGAACUCACAGUCAUCCACUGCAGGUGAGCGCUGGCAGAUUUUUAUUCCCCCCCCCCAAAAAAAAAGAUUUAUUAGUUUUCUCUUAUAAAACACAGACAAAAACACAAAAGAAAAACAUUACAUUUGACACAACAUAAAAACUUAACAACAGUAAAAACACACAAAAUAAAAGAAGAAUUUUUUCCUUCUUAUUCCUUGGUGUAUUUACAUGGCUAAAAGACUUCCUUGACACCCUCCAGUCUGGAUUUCAUCAUAUCACAUAUUUAGCAGUUCCCAAUUUCCUAUUUAUAACAUCAGUAUCUUCUGAACAGGGACGCGGGUGGCGCUGUGGGUUAAACCACAGAGCCUAGGACUUGCCAAUCAGAAGGUCGGCGGUUCGAAUCCCUGUGACGGGGUGAGCUCCUGUUACUCGGUCCCAGCUCCUGCCAACCUAGCAGUUCGAAAGCACCUCAAAGUGCAAGUAGAUAAAUAGGUACCGCUCUGGCGGGAAGGUGAACGGUGUUUCCGUGCGCUGCUCUGGUUCACCAGAAGCGGUUUAGUCAUGCUGGCCACAUGACCCGGAAACUGUUCGUCGGCUCCCUCGGCCAAUAAAGCGAGAUGAGCGCCGCAACCCCAGAGUCGGCCACGACUGGACCUAAUGGUCAGGGGUCCCUUUACCUUUACCUUUGAGUUGGUGAUGCCAGGUGACGCUGACCAUAUUGAGCACAAUUAGAAUCUUGCUUGUGGGUUUCCCAGAAGUGGCUUGGCCACUGUGAAAACAGGAUACUGGACUAGACGGGCCCUUGGCCUGAUCCUGCAGGAUCUUCCUAGGUUCUUAUAUUUAGCUACUGUCAUUCUUGGAGAACUGAACUGAAGCCCGAGGGGUGGGAGAAACUUGGAGGAUCAAAAGAGACAGGUUGGUCCACUUGCAUGUUCUUCCAUCUACGGAUUCAGCCUUCAGAGCAGCAGAACACAGAACUAAUACUCCUCUUUAGGGAAGUUUUUAAUGUUUAAUGCUGUGUAUUGUGUUUUAAUAUUCGGUUGGGAACCGCCCAGAGUGGCUGGGGAAACCCAGCCAGAUGGGCAGGGUAUAAAUAAUAUAUUAUUACUAUUAUUAUAAUUAUUAUUCUAGCACUUUCCCAUAGUUACUCCUAUCCUGCUUUGAACCCCAUAGCCUCCAACAUUUCUCUGAUGAAAAUAGGAACAUCCUAUUCCAGGCUUCCUCAACAUCGGCCCUCCAGAUGUUUUGAGACUACAAUUCCCAUCAUCCCUGACCACUGGUCCUGCUACCUAGGGAUCAUGGGAGUUGUAGGCCAAAAACAUCAGGAGGGCCGAGGUUGAGGAAGCCUGUCCUAUUCAACAACAACAAUAACAACAACAACAACAACAACAACAACAACAACAAUAAUAAUAUCCUGCCCAUCUGACUGUGUUGCCCCAGCCACUCUAGGUGGCUUCCAACAUAUAUAAAAACAGAAUUAAACAUUAAAAAGUGAGAUACGUCUCUACACAGGGCUGCCUCCAGAUGUCUUCUAAAGGUUGUAUAGUUACUUAUCUCCUUGGCUUGGGGUUCACAUACCUCCAUACCCUCCAAUCUUUCUCUGAUGAAAAUAGGGAUGUGCUAAGGAGAAGCGGGACAUUCUGGGAUCAAAUCAGAAAACGGGACGGCUUCUGUAAAUCCAGGACUGUCCCUGGCAAAUAGGGGCACUUGGAGGGUCUGCAAGACCGGCCCACUCACGAGACAAGGUGCAGCAACUGCCUCUGGAGGCAGGUACCACCAGGGCAGCAGAUCCCGAUGUUGAUCUUUCCUCCCCGCUUUCUCCUGAUGCAGAUCUUCCCAAACCCCUUCUUCGCUGGUGGGGAAGGAGGCUGUUAUUUUGGGGGUCCACCUCAGGUGGCAAAUUGUCUUGGGCCAGCCCUGUUUGCACCUGCAGACUGCCUGGGGAAAAUAUUCUCCCAGCCACCCUCUCCCUCUCAUCCUCCUACGCCAGCCACACCUUAGGGCCUCCUUGGCCCAUCCCAACAGACACAGGCGUAUUUGUUGUUGCCUAAUGCUGUAGCAACUUGCCCUCCAGUCGGAGCGGUUGCCAUCUUGUUUCAACUGGUCCUGCUCCUCUGCCUCUUAAUGGACGCCUGGCAGACAGAAACUAAGCCAGAGAAGCUCUUCCUCAUCACUUCCUUUUAUGUGCUCUGAUGUCUGUCCGGCGCUUGCCACAGCUGAUUUGCAUCCCUUCCUUACAAACAAAAAAAAAAAAAGGCAAAAAAGCAUGGGCACCAUAUAUUUGAAUAGCAUCGUUUUCCCUUCCCUGCAAAGACUCAUGGGAAGUGUAGUUUAUACCUCACAGAGCUCCAUUUCCCAGCACCCUUAACAAACUACCGCUCCCAGGAUUCUCUGGAAGGAAAUCAUGUGUUUUAAUGUGUUUUAGAUGGACCCUGUGUGCAGCCACACACUGCUGAGCAUCAGUCAAGGUGGUUUGCCUGAUCCAAGCAGAGAAAUGCCUCUAACCCGGAUUCCUGUUUCCAACAGGGGACAGCCAAAGUGCUUCUGGAAAACAAAUGCUGAAUGCCCUCAUGCUAUGCUGAUUCUUCUCUUCUUUUUUUUUCUUUUAAAAAAAGCAUUUUUUCUUCCUAAUGCGCAUGAAUGUUAAAGGGAGCACGAGUAUUCAGCUUAAAAGGAACAAGGAGCUGUCAAAUUGAAACGUUUGGGACCUCUGUUGGCAAGCAGUGAGUUAACAGUUGCGCAGCACGCGAUGGCCAAAAGGGGGUGGGUUUAUGCAAAUAUCACACCAAUGGCCGUCGAGCUGACCUAACAGACGGCUGAGAAAUGGAUAAAAUCAACAGAAUCCAGUAUUUUUGAGAUUAAACUGCCCAUCAAAAGGCUGGUGCGUUGGGCAACAGAAGCAGAAACGUUGCCCGAGCAUGUUUUGUGGAACUGGAAACGGUGCUGAUUCCGUGGGGGCGGUGAGCUCUUUGCAGAACUAGAUGCUCCCCGACAGCGCAAAAGGCAUCGGGAAAGCAGACCUGCUUAAUUUUUGUUCAGCUUGGUAUCGCUUCUCGGCCUUUUGGCUAAGAUCAAGUGUAGUAUCUGUUCUUAUCAGUUUAAUAUCUGAUAUGUCCUCUAUUUGAGGACUAUAUAUUAAAUGGAUUUUUGGAGCUGGGAGAUGGAAUAGGGGCUUGCUCCAUCCACUCCAUGCAUCGACCUGGUAUUGCAGUACCUCCAGGAACGGUGCACCUCCCUCUGGGGGGAAUAUUGCUGGUGCGAAAAAAAGAUCAAAAGAAGUCUAACGUUUUUGUAACCUUGUAUAGUGACGGCGGGUGGUGCUGAGCCUAGGGCUUGCCGAUCAGAGAUGGGGUGAGCUCUGUUGCUGGUCCCUCCUCCUGCCUAUCUAGCAGUUCCAAAAGCACCUCAAAGUGCAAGUAGAUAAAUAGGUACCACUCCGGUGGGAAGGUAAACGACUGGACCUAAUGGUCAGGGGUCCCUUUACCUUUACCUUUAUAGUGGAAGCAGUGGAAUUCUACGGUCCUUCCACUACAUACAUGCAAACUCAUUCAGCAGUAAGGGUGUUUCAUGUUCUCCCUAAACAUUGUACAGUGGUACCUCGGGUUACAUACGCUUCAGGUUACAGACUCCGCUGGCCCAGAAAUAGUGCUUCAGGUUAAGAACUUUGCUUCAGGACGAGAACAGAAAUCGUGCUCUGGCGGUGCGGCGGCAGCAGCAGCAGAAGGCCCCAUUAGCUAAAGUGGUGCUUCAAGUUAAGAACAGUUUCAGGUUAAGUACGGACCUCUGGAACGAAUUAAGUACUUAACCCGAGGUACCAGUGUAUGGAACAUUUCGCUGUUAUUCCUCGUCUCAUUCGAUUCCACAGAGCCUAGGGAUUGCUGAUCAGAAGGUCAGCGGUUCGAAUCCCCACAACAGGAUGAGCUCCUGUUGUUCGGUCCCAGCUCCUGCCAACCUAGCAGUUCGAAAGCACGCCAGUGCAAGUAGAUAAAUAGGUACCGCUCUGGCAGGAAGGUAAACGACGUUUCUGUGCGCUGUUCUGGUUCGCCAGAAGCGGCUUAGUCAUGCUGGCCACAUGACUCGGAAAAACUGUCUGCGGACAAACAUCAGCUCUCUCGGCCAGUAAAGCGAGAUGAGCGCCACAACCCCAGAGUCGUCCGCGACUGGACUUAACGGUCAGGGGUCCCUUUACCUUUACCACUUUCUGAAACAACACGAGAAGCAAACCACACCCAUCCUUCCAAAUCCACAUUUGGCUCAGUUUUGCAGUACAGCUCUCUGACCAAUGUUCACAAAAAUGCAGAGAUCAGUGCCUAAAAAUGAGCAUGUUGUUUCAAAUGACACACAGAGAUGCGUUAUAGUAGGAAAAAUUGCUUGCAGAAAUAUCAAAACUUUGUUAAAAAUGUGUUUCUCAGAAGUCACUAAAAUGUGUGUAUGUGUGGUGGACUAAACUGCUGUUUAAUUUCCAUGAGGAUUUUAAGAAAAGAAAAAUGGGAAUUUGCUGCAGGAACGAGGAGAACCAAAACUGAGAUGGAUAAAAUGAGAAAAAGAAAUGGAAGGAUCCUUCUGUCCGCCCUCACAAGGGAAGCGUGCAGAUGACUAAAGGCAUCUGGUCCAGCCCCUCGAUUGGCUCUGCCCCAUCUCCCAGAUCCCAGUCAUGCAGAAGGAAUUUGAGUCAGUUUGCAUUUAAAGGCAAACCUCCCUCAUUCGCUCUUUCUGAAACCAGUAGAUGAAACUUUAAGAUCUUUCAAAAUUCCCUCCACCUCUGCAUUUCGCAAUGAGCUUUUCCAGCCCAGUCACGUUCAUCAAAAUGCAUACAUCAGGAUAAAAUGUGCAUCGGAAUGCAUAUAAUUGCAAAAACCAUGUACCCAAAUGCACUAUAUUAGGGGACAUGGAUUGGAAGCAGUACAUUAGGAAAUAUUUUUUCCCAUAGAAUCAUGAAAAAUGCCUGCUAAAAUGCUGAUUAAUUCUCAUGAGAUCUCCCACCCCCCCUUUUAAGUAAUAAUCACAAACUGAUGAAGAAAUGUGGAGAACAGCACUUAAGACUGGAAAAAUGAGAUGGGCAGACACUGAAACGGAUGAAGCCACCUGACUCUUUUUGCAUUGCACUUUGCACAUGGCCAUGGAAGUCUUGUUGGACAAAGCACAGCUGGAGGGAGAGCUGGCUAGCUAUGAGGUUAUCAAUGAUGAGCCUUGAAAUCAUGACUGAACACGCCCCCCUUUCCCUCUCCCCUUUAUUUUUGUUUCAGGACCAUUUUUCCCGGCAGCAGCAUUUACUGCAUCUGGCUGUGAAACCAUGUGGAAAGGGGCUGUUGUUUGCUUCCUGCUUCUCCAGCUGACGGUUGCUGUGACAGGUGAGCGGCAUUCGACCGAAGGUUUACGAUUACAGACAAGCCUGGCCUUACCAACCAAGAGAUUUGCCUCCAGAAGAUGUGCCAGUGACCUCCCCCUGCCCCGUUUGAGGUCUAAGUAGAGCAUCCACACCAGAGGCAGUCUACCUGUGGUGAUGAAAGGUGUUGCUCAGUCAUUGUGGUGCUGGAUGGCAAAGGGGGGCUUUCCGAUGGGGGCUGAAUAUUGCAGAAGCAAGAUGGGUCAUUAGCUACCGGGCUGUUUUAUUAACAAAAAAGAUCAACUCCCCCCCACCCCCCGCUUCCCAGAAAGGAAAAAUUGGGAAUAAUCGGGGAGGAAGGAUGUGGGCUGAUGUGGGCACUGCAAAGAAUUGCAGGUAUGAGGAGCACUGAUUAUCUCACAAUGAACACCCUUUUAGAAGCACUUUGGGUUCUGGAAAUAUAAUCCAAGGCUCAGCCACCAUUGGCCAUUCUUUAGCUUUCUAACUAUACCAGCUCUCUGGGCUUGCCAUCACUUCACCCCCACUCUCCCAACUGCGACAUCAUAGACCAAUGAGGUGUCCCUGAUGUUUCCUCCUAUCAGGGAAAAGCCAUUUCUAUUCCUAUUAUGGUUGUCCCUCUGACACUUGCUCGGAUCACCCACCCACUGCCUCUUGUCAUGCUGUAGUUCAUAGUGCCACCUGUCUGUGGUCAAGCCAACUGCAGUGUGAUGACAUGCUUACAUUUUUAUUAUAUGCACAGAAAUAAAUUGCAAUUGUUCUAGAGCAUACGGCUUUGUGUGGAUACUGAUUCGGCAGAGCUUUCCUGUUGAGAUAAGGCUUCCUCGACCCCUUCCUGACUUACCUCUCCGCUUCCCAUAAAUGGAACAAAAAAAGCCAGAUUUUUCCUUCCUUUCCCCAGGCGGCCGUCCAUGUUCUGCCAGGAAUUUUGGGCAUGGCUCGUUGGUGUGUGAAUGUGGGGCUUCCUACUGUGACACCUUGGAGCCUGUCUCCCUCCUUCCUCUGGGUUCCUACGUCAAGUAUGAAAGCAACAAAGCUGGGUCGCGUGUGGAGCGCAGUGAAGGAGUCCUGCACAAUGACACUCCAGGAAAAGGUGGGUUUGUCUACUUUUUUAGAUCUACCUCCAAGGAGACUCUCUCUCUCUCUCCCUCUAUAUCCUAACCUUUCUCCAAGAAGAUUAAGCUUACACACUCCAUUUUAUCCUCACAACGACCCUGUGAGGUAGGCAGGACUGAGAUAUGGUGGCUGGAGAAGGGAAGGUUAAGGGGAGACUUCAGAUACCCGAAGGGCUGAUGCACUGAAGGAAGUAUAACUUCCUAAGGGCAUUACUUGUAGUACAGUGGAGCUGCCUGCCAUGGGGUGAGUGGCUGGGCUCUUCUUCUCUGGAGUCAUUCUGACAAGACAGGAGGACUGUUUUUGGGGGCCAGGGGUGGGCAGAUGUGGAGGACUCCCUGGUCCUGAAUGGGGUAACUGUCCCCCUGAAGGAUCAGGUGCGCAGCCUGGGAGUCAUUUUGGAAUCACAGCUGCCCAUGGAGGCGCAGGUCAAUUCUGUGUCCAGGGCGGCUGUUUACCAGCUCCAUGUGGUACGUAGGCUGAGACCCUACCUGCCCACAGACUGCCUCACCAGAGUGGUGCAUGCUCUGGUUAUCUCCCGCUUAGACUACUGCAACGCGCUCUACGUGGGGCUGCCUUUGAAGGCGACCCGGAAACUACAACUAAUCCAGAAUGCGGCAGCUAGAUUGGGGACUGGGAGCAGCCGCCGGGACCACAUAACACCAGUCCUGAGAGAUCUGCAUUGGCUCCCAGUACGUUUCCGGGCACAAUUCAAAGUGUUGGUGCUGACCGUGAAAGCCCUAAACGGCUUCGGUCCAGUAUACCUGAAGGAGCGUCUCCACCCCCAUCGUUCAACCCAAACACUGAGAUCCAUCGCUGAGGGCCUUCUGGCGGUUCCCUCGCUGUGAGAAGUGAGGUUACAGGGAACCAGGCAGAGGGCCUUCUCGGUAGUGGCGCCCACCCUGUGGAACGCCCUCCCUUCAGAUAUUUUUCUUUGUGGUUGUUGUUGCGUUUGCUAUUGUUUGUUUUUUAUUUUUGUUAAAUUUCGAAAAUUUAAUCAAAGUAAAUAAAUAAAUAACUGAUGCGGAAAUUUAGAAUUUAAGGCUGGAAAAAUAAGAAAGCGAGGGAAAACUGCAAUGGACAGAUGUAGCCCAUCUCUACCCUAAAGUAGCUGCAUCCGCUAGGAAUAAGCAAGCAGUGCUGUGCAAUCUAAGCCACCUUCCUUCUUCCUUCCCUAUAGAAACCCUCACUCUGAAGAUCAAGACAUCCCAGAAAUAUCAAAAAAUUAAGGGCUUUGGUGGGGCCUUGACAGAUUCGGCGGCAAUCAAUAUCCUGGCGCUUUCUCCAAAGGCUCAGACAAAUCUCCUCAAAUCCUAUUUCUCAGAACAAGGUAAGUUGCCAAGAGGUGGGUAGCAGCAGCCGGGUUGCCAACUUACUCCGCUGGUUCUGCUCCUCUGCUAUUCCAGUGGGUGGGGGGGAGAAAGCUCUGCCCCGUCUAAUAUCUGCAUGCCAUCCUGGUGUGGAAGGCAGAAGAGCAAAAACGUUGGCGAACCUGAAGGAAACUGACAAGUCCCAGAGUUGGUGUAACAGUCCAAACUAGGCAUAGGCAAACUCGGCCCUCCAGAUGUUUUGGGACUACAACUCCCAUCAUUCCUAGCUAAAAGGACCAAAACAUCUGGAGGGCCGAGUUUGCCUAAGCCUGGUCCAAACCUUCACAGGGAACUCUGGGAAUGGUAGUUCUGCAAUGAAAACAGGGGCCUCCUCCUGUCAACUCUCAGCAAUAAACUACAAUUCCCAGAAUCCUCUGGGGGAAGCGGUGUUCAAAGUGGCAGGAUGCUGAUUCAAAUGUACAGUUGCAGAUGGAGCCUGAGAAUGGGAAAAUGAGAAACUGCAAUGGACAGAUUCAUCCGUUACUACUCUAAGCAGUUAUGCUCAGUCCUCACUGGACUUUUUCCACUGGCUGCUUCCCCUGCCCCUCAUCCUCCCACAGUAAAUAUAUAUAUUUUUUAAACUGCUGCAAACCAUGGGGCUCCCUGCAAGCUUCUUGAUACUGCCAUCUUGUGUAUGGAUGGUGCCAUUGCACUAGGGUUUUCUUCCUUUCCUUAUACAGUGGUACCUCGGGUUAAGAACUUAAUUCGUUCCGGAGGUCCGUUCUUAACCUGAAACUGUUCUUAACCUGAGGUACCACUUUAGCUAAUGGGGCCUCCCACUGCCACUGCCACGUGAUUUCUGUUCUCAUCCUGAAGCAAAGUUCUUAACCCAAGGUACUAUUUCUGGGUUAGCGGACUCUGUAACCUGAAGCGUAUGUAACCCGAGGUACCACUGUACAUAAAAAUCACACGUGACCCCAGAGGGCAGCCCCAUACAAUGUCCUUAGCAAGCAUGUUGCAUUGUCCUGUGCCAUAACUCCCAGGAAGAUUUGCCUCAUUUUCCCCCCAGCUUGUGGUGAAAUUGCUGUCUAACACUGUUUAACUCUCUCCCUAAUUCAUUCUAACUCACUAACUAUUCUAAUGCUCAAACUCUGAGUUUCACUCUGUCUCAAUCUGUCUAUCUAGUGAUCUGUUCUCUCUCUCUCUCUCUCCUAUCUAUAUUAGGACCCAAUCUAUUCUCUUGGUUGUUUUAAACUGAUUUAAAAUAUUAUAGUUUUACACAGUGUUUUUUUCUGAGGGGACGCAGGGGCACACAUGCCCCUAAACAUUUUGUGAAUCUUUGUGCUUUUCUCCAUUUACUGCAUUUAUUUUCCCCUAUUUGAACUAUAAAAUGGUGAUUUUCUUGGGUCAAAAUGAGAGUACCCCUAAACAUAUUUUUUUUUUAGAAAAAAAAGCACUGGUUUUACAUCAUUGUGACCUCCCCUAGGACCCCACGGUGACGGGCAAGAAAGAAAUUGAACAAGUAAUAAUAGCCACACUCAUCACCUCCAAAGAUCCAACAGAAUUUGUUAGGCCUGUGGGUUCCAAAUCAGACUUUGUCCAAUUUACACAUUAAUUUGGGGGUCAGGUGAAUUCACUUUGAAAUGUGGAAGGACCCCCCCAAAAAAUAAUUUUCCUCAGUGAGUCCUAUUUCUGGGAGUAACCCUGCUCUGUCUGCCUUUGGCUCCACUUUCUCCAAGGCAUCGAAUACACCUUGGUCCGCGUCCCCAUGGCGAGCUGUGAUUUCUCCGUGAGGCUCUAUACGUACGACGAUUCGGAGGACGACUUUGAGCUGAAAAACUUCAGCCUGACGGAGGAAGACACCAAAAUGAAGGUGAAGGGAUUCGCCGAUCCCAGCAUAAAGAUUUAGGCCCAUUUCCAGGGGAGAAAGUGGAUUCGGUUUGCUUUUUAAUGUGAACCCGUUUCCUUUGUGCUUAAGGGGACCAGCUAGUCCUUGACUGACUAAGAAACCUUAGCCCAAGACUCUCAGGCUCCACUUUGAACCCCGAAUGCCAUUUUAGAAGAUAAAAGAGAAAUGUCCAUAGCUCACUGGUAGAGCAUCUGGUCUCAGGUUCAAUCCCCAGUCCCCUGUCUAAAACCCUGGAGAGCUGCUGCCAGUCAGUGCAGACAAUACCAAGCUAAUUUAUUUAGUUAUUAUUUUAUAGCUGGACAGACCAAGGGACCAAUGCUCUGACGAUAGCAGCAUCCUCUAUACUAAGCAGCUGAGUCUUCCAGGAAAAUUGUUGAACUGCAGCUCUGCAUCAUCCCUGACUAUUGGCCAAUACUGGCUGUGGAUGAUAGGAGUUGUAGUCCGCCGAUAGCUGGAGAGACACAGUUUGAUCUCCCCUGCUUGGCCAGCUCUGUUGCCUUUACAGCAGAUCCUAAGGACUGAACCACAGAUCUUCUGUGUGCUCUCUUCCACUGAUCUGGAGACGAGGGGACCUGCUAUCCUUCAGAAUAUGAUUGGACUCCAAUGCCCAUCAUCCACAUCCAGUACUGGCCAAUAGUUAGGGACGAUCGGAGCUGCAGUUCUUGGCCUCCAGCUCUCACCAUCCCCAUCAGAAAGCAUGGCCAAUGGUUAGGGAUGGUGACAGCCCAACAAGAGCUGGGGGCCACCAGAGGAACCUGAGAAAUGCGUCAGGAGCUUGUCCUAGACUAGAGUAGGACCCUGGCAGAGACACAUGCCCGACUGGCAUGUUCUCUCCCUCCUGAUCGUUUGUUUGGCAGCUUCAAAAGCUUUCUUCUGCCCGAACAUCACAGCGACUGAUGCCAACAGACACCGGCACACCUAGGGAUCCGCAGAGUCUGCGCAGUUCGUGUGACAGACCUCAGCAGCUCAGCAUUUUGGCUAAUCUACUUUAUUUACAUAUGAACACACACGGAGCACUGCAACAUGGCUCCCUCUCUCUCUAGCAUCAGACAGCAAAGAGAAAAAGGACAAAGGACAAUAGUCCCAUUUCACGGAACACAGUCAUAGCUGUCAACUUUUCCCUUUUCUUGUGAGGAAUCCUAUUCGGAAUAAGGGAAUUUCCCUUUAAAAAUGGGAAACGUUGACAGCUGUGAACACAGUAACACAAACAUCCUGUCAUUUCUCACUCUGUGGAGUCAAAAAAUAUACCAUCAUGUGAUAGACAACAUUCCCAUGACUGCAAUCACGGAGCAGGAAUUCUAACAAAAUGUUCUCUCUGGCCACCGUGUGAGAGCAGUGAAAUCACUGAGACACGACACAGGUAUUGGGUGAAAUCAGGCCAAAUCUUCCUUGAUGACAAACGCUGUUCCACAUCCCCUCCCCAGAUCCCAAUCCUUCAGCAAGCCCAAGCAGUGGCCAAGAAGCCGCUUGCCCUCUACGCCAGCCCUUGGACCUCCCCAGUGUGGAUGAAGACCAACGGGGCCAUGACAGGCCGAGGGACCCUCAAGGGGAAGCCGGGAGACAGAUACCACAAGGCCUGGGCCAACUAUUUCAUCAGGUAACGACACCAACCACUGACGUCGUUUGGUUCCAUUUUAUUUGACGGCUGACCAGUUUGCGACUGCCGCAGAGCAAUAAAGUUGUUAGGCACACAAACAAAGCGCACAGCUAGUGCAGCAAAGGCUCCUGGGAGAUGUGAUAGGAAUUUUGACGUCUGUAAAGGUAAAGGGACCCCUGACCAUUAGGUCCUGUUGUGGCCGACUCUGGGGUUGUGGCGCUCAUCUCGCUUUAGUGGCCGAGGGAGCCAGCGUGCAGGUUCCGGGUCAUGUGGCCAGCAUGACUAAGCCGCUUCUGGCGAAACAGAGCAGCACACGGAAACUCCGUUUACCUUCCCGCCGGAGCAGUACCUAUUUAUCUACUCCCACUUUGAGGUGCUUUCGAACUGCUAGGUUGGCAGGAGCAGGGACCGAGCAAUGGGAGCUCACCCCGUCACAGGGAUUUGAACUGCCGACUUUCUGAUCGGCAAGUCCUAGGCUCUGUGGUUUAACCCACAGCACCACCACGUCCCUUUUGAGGUCUUAGAUAUAUGUUAAAUGUUCAUAAGUGUGCCAACCAAGCACGCACAUAGAUCAGCACAGGAAGACCGACCUGAAACCAUUUUGAUUCCCAGACUGACCAAAUGUUUUCCCUGCAAGGAGGGAGGGGGGUCAGGGAGCCUUCCCAUUGUCUCAGGAAUUGAGUAACCCGCAUUUUAAUAGGGGACAGACUGUCAGGAAAGGUAAUCAGAUAACCUGGCAAACAGGAAAAACAACAUCCAAAUUUCUGUUUUUGACCGCCUUUUCUGUGAUGUAGGUAUGAUGUUUCUGGGGGUGGUCUUGAUCUACAGGGUGGCAAUUUCAAAAGUCUAUAUAAGGCCUUGUGCGCCAUUUUUCAGGGUUCCUCUUCCCUCCUGCAUGUGGUGAGGACCGUGUUGCAACAGAUCAAUAAAGAUCAGGCUUACUAGCUGCUUUGCUUCUCAAUAUUCUCUGGUUGGCCUCUGUUAUUUUCUCCUACCAAUAGGGAACCUAUGUAAGGACUCUAUAUGGGCUCUUGGAUACCCCAUAAGGGAAAAGGGCAGAUUUUUUGUUUACAACAGAGAAAAAUGGCGGAGACGCGAGGAGACAGUUCAGCACCAAGGGGUCGCCUUCUUCCUCAGGGGAGAAAAAGGAUAUCGUAGAGCUGAGAAAGGUUCAAAAAUCAUCAAGGGGAGGGAGCGACUUCACUAGAAGGAAAAGUUGCAGCAUUUGGGACUUUUCUCUUGGAAAAAAGGCGGAAUGAGAUGAAAUGGUGGAUGUUUAUAAAAGUUAUGCUUGGCCGAGAGAGAGCGGAUAGACAAAAUUAUUGUAUCCCUCUCAUAAAACCUGUGGACAUUCCAUGAAGCUGAAAAUGGGAAGAGUCUGGACGGACAAAAAAGUUUAGUUUCUUAAAAGAAAAAUCUCAGGAAGUAAUAUCCUCAGCGACAUCUUGGCUCGCAGCUCCUGCUAACUUUCUCUGCCAUUCCCCUCUGCAGGUUCUUAGACGAAUACGCCAAGUAUAACUUGACUUUCUGGGCUGUGACGGCCGGGAACGAGCCAACGGCUGGCGACAUCAUCUUUUACCCCUUCCAGUGCCUGGGCUUCUCCCCUGAGCACCAGCGGGACUUCAUCGCCCAAGAUCUGGGUCCUGCCUUGGCCAACAGCUCUUACAAGGGCAUUGAGCUGAUCAUUCUGGAUGACCAAAGGAUGAUGCUCCCUUACUGGGCCGAAGUGGUGAGUGGGCCGCCCUGGACUGGUGGAACCCCAACCCCAGGGGCUCUGUUUUCCUAUUUCUUUUGCUAAAGGCGCUGGAGCUGAGGCCACGUUGGCACCAUGCAUUUAAAGCCCCAGGAGGCCGUUUGGACAGUCACGGCUUUGCCCUAAGCAUCCCUUGAGUCCAGAGCAAUAAAUUGUUGUUGUUAUAUGAUACAAAUAAACCAGGAAGGAUCAGGCUAAAUACCGGUAUCUAUCGAGUUUGGAAACCCAGCCACAUGGGUGGGGUAUAAAUAAAUUAUUAUUAUUAUUAUUAUUAUUAUUAUUAUUAUUAUUAUUAUCUCCCAAUCAGAGCAGUCGGAGGAAGGACUAAUUGCUCUGGCCUGAGGUCUAAACUGAUUGCCUCAAGGGGAGCGGGGAGCGGGGUAUACAGGUUACCCACAUCUGUGGGGAGCAAUUGCUGAAUUCCCUUCUUCAUAAUCCAGGACAAGGAAUUAAAUUUCCCCUCCCACUCCUCACCGUUACCUUACAGAGUCUCAAAUGUGCACAUCCUGAAGAUAAGGCCCACUGAAACCAGCUACCCUUGAGUUUGCUUUGGGGAUUUGUAGCUCUCAUCUUCACUCUCCUCCAUGAGGUCUAGAAACAUGCCAGUGGGGGGUAGAAAGGCCAAAAAUAGAAUAUGAAGCUGUUAAGAGCUCUGUGAGCUUGACAACUCUGUUUUUAUUAUCCCUUCUAGGUUCUCAAGGACCCCGUGGCAGCCAGUUACAUCAAUGGGAUCGGCAUCCACUGGUAUUUGGAUUUCCUGGCCCCCAUCGACUUGACUCUCUCUAUCACUCACCACCUUUUCCCCAAGUAUUAUCUCAUCUCCACCGAGGCCUCUACAGGAUCGUAUUUUUGGGAGCCCCGUGUGGUGCUGGGGGAGUGGGACCGCGGCAGCAAAUACAGCCACAGCAUCCUUGCGGUAGGAGCGCGAGCUGCAAUGACUUCCUUUUUUUAAAAAAAAGAAAAGUUUAGUAGAAUUUCAGAGCCUGACAUUUGUUUCUUUGUCUGAACAAAAUUUAUAUACCAAUAUAUAUAUCAACUUGAAGGAAACCUCUCCGCAGUUAACGAAAAAUACAAAAUGAAAUAUGAAAGCAAUAGAUUAAAAAACCCAGUGAAAAAUGAGUACAGGCAGCAACAGUUUUUAGGCGCGUCUGAUAUGUUCGCAGCGACUGCCCAUUGUGCCGCUCAGACGUGAUCUGAAAACGUCGCAAAAAGGGGUGGAAUGGGGUGUUUUCAGGCUUUCUCGACGGGUGUUCAGAUUGUAGGCGAUUUCAUGGAUGUGCGCCAAUGUCUCGGAACAUAACACCUGCACAAAUCGGCCACUGCCUGCUUUUUAAAAUAUUCAAAAGCUCAUUAAAACCAGCUAGACGUUUUCAGCCGGCGCCCAAAAGAGUACGGUGAAGGUGCCUGCCAAUUGGAAGCCAAUUUGCAGGGAGUUCCAAAGUUUAGUGUUCUUGAAUUCUACUCAGUAUUGAUCCAGAACAGGAUUCCCCAAAAAUAGACCAGAGGCAAUUGUAUUUCAUCCAGCAGAACUUUACUGCUACUGAAGGCAAUUGAGCAUAAUGGUCACAAAUCCAAUACAUUCAGAAUUGGCACUGUUCAUAAGAAAUCCAGUUGCAGCAGACUUAACUUAAAAAUUCUAAUAACUUAUAAUAAGACUGAACCUUAACAGUAUAUACAGAAUGCCACACCAGAAGGAAAAGAGAUAGAACGAGAAAGUGACAUCCUUCUGUCCUAUUUUUAUAGUCAGCAUGAUCUUGACAGAAAGAGAUAAGAGAACCAGUUUAAGCCAGCUGUACUCAGCUUCUCUGAAGGAAUAACCCAAACAUCAGGAACUUUCUGCUUGUUUCUUUCACACAGAGAAGCUUCCAGAACCCUCUGGAAUUAAGUAGAAUAGGAAAGGUCUCUACACAUCAGAUCAAUACUUUCAUUACUAAGAAAUGCAAACUGACAUUUAGAACACUAAAAUAUCGGUUUCUUACAACUGCUUAGGAAUUCCCUCCCAUUAAAUAUUAGGCUCCAUCUCUAUUGCCUUAGUGGUUCCUCCUAAAGACCUUCUUCUUUCAAGGAGACUUUUCAGUAGAGAUACAAAUCCAAGUUUGCUUCUGCAUUAGAAUUGCUCUGAAGAUGUUUUAAAGAUUUCUUGAAUCUCCAAUUGUUUUAUCAUUGCUUGUUUGCUGCCCUCAGGUGGCUUUGGGAGGAAAGGAAAAGCAAAAAAUUGAAUUACGGUAAUGAGUAAAUUAAGCCUAUUAAGAGGCAUGUAUGACUAUGAUUGGGACGCGGGUGGCGCUGUGGGUAAAACCUCAGUGCCUAGGACUUGCCAAUCGUAUGGUCAGCGGUUCGAAUCCCCGCGGCGGGGUGAGCUCCCGUCGUUCGGUCCCAGCUCCUGCCCACCUAGCAGUUCGAAAGCACCCCUAAGUGCAAGUAGAUAAAUAGGUACCGCUUUAUAGCGGGAAGGUAAACGGCGUUUCCGUGUGCUGCGCUGGUGCUGGCUCGCCAGAGCAGCUUCGUCACGCUGGCCACGUGACCUGGAAGUGUCUCCGGACAGUGCUGGCUCCCGGCCUCUUAAGUGAGAUGAGCGCACAACCCUAGAGUCGGACACGACUGCCCCGUACGGGCAGGGGUACCUUUACCUUUACCUUUUAUGACUAUGAUGCAUUGGUUUCCUUCCUUAGUUUGAAAAGUACUUCUAUGCAGCCGGCGCAUACAAUCUGAUCAACCUAGCGGUACAUUAAAAAUGUAAAAUAAAUAAGAUUAAUAAACGAAUCAAGUGUUCUUCUCCGCCUUCCUGCAGAACCUCAAUAACUACGUCACAGGCUGGACGGACUGGAACCUUGUCCUGGACAUGGAAGGAGGCCCCAACUGGAGCAAAAAUUAUGUUGACAGUCCAGUCAUUGUAGACGCGGCCAACGAUGUGUUUUACAAACAGCCCAUGUUUUAUCACAUGGCACACUUCAGGUGAGACAGCGGGAACCUCCACAAGUCCCCCAAGCAGGUGACCCCCCUGCCAACCAUAUUGAGUCCUAAAAUGGGGUGGCCCUGUGGGUGACACCACCUCAGUCUGCGGCCUGCUGGGCUUUGAUGAGUGACAGGGCCUUCUCGGUGGUGGCUCCUCGUUUGUGGUACACCCUCCCUGGUGACGUGCGCUUGUCCCUCGUGCUGUCGAGUUGCAGGCAGAUUUUUUUAAUGUGUUCCCGUUCACCCAGGAAUCAGAUGGCUGAUAGAUGUGGGCCAAGGCAAUGGUGAAAUUAAAAAUCAGGAGGGAAUAUGGUUGCUCCAGAGGGUGGCAACUCAAGAACGUAGCCUUCUCUGCAGUGGCUCCCCGUCUGUGGAAUGCUCUCCUCGGGGAAGUUCACCUGGUGCCUUCAUUAUACACCUUUAAGCGCCAGGAAAAAAUGUUCCUUUUUAACAAGGCCUUUGGCUGACCUGAUCAACAUCCUGUACCCUUUUAAAAUAUGGCUUUUUUGGGGGGGGUGUUACCAGGUAAUUGUUUUUACUUUGAUUUUAUAUAUUGUGAUCUUUUAUGUGAACCAACCUGAGACCUCCGUGUAUAGGGCGGUAUAUAAAUUCAGUCAAUCAAUCAAUCAAUCAAUCAAUCAAAAUAAACGUUUUAGAUGUUGUGAGUAUGUUUUUGGAAGGUUUCCCCCCGCCCCAAUCAUUAUUAUUUUAAACCGUAAUGUUUUUAAAUAUUUGAUAUUUGCUGCCCUGGGCUCCUCUGAGAGGAAGGUACAGUCAUACCUCAUGUUAUGUCCGUUUCAUGUUAUGUUCUUUCAGGAUACGUCCCGUGGCGACCCGGAAGUACCGGAAAGGGUUACUUCUGGGUUUCGCCGCUCGCGCAUGCGCAGAAGCACAAAAUGACAUCAUACGCAGAAGCGGAGAAUCACAACCCGCAUGUGCGCAGACGCGCUGCUGCGGGUUGCAUUCUUUUCAUGUUGCGAACGGGUCUCCAGAACGGAUCCCGUUCGCAACCAGAGGUACCACUGUACGGGAUACAAAUUUAAUAAACAAGCAAACAGAUUAACACUCUCAGGCCCAGCCCCCCUCCUCCAAACCCCCUCAGGAUAACCCCCUUGGUUGUGUUGAGAUGGGACUACAGUGGUACCUCGGGUUACGAACUUAAUUCGUUCUGGAGGUCUGUUCUUAACCUGAAACCGUUCUUAACCUGAGGUACCACUUUAGCUAAUGGGGCCUCCUGCUGCCGCACAAUUUCGGUUCUCAUCCUGAAGCAAAGUUCUUAAGCCGAGGUACUAUUUCUAGGUUAGCAGAAUCUGUAACCUGAAGCGUCUGUAACCUGAAACAUCUGUAACCCGAGGUACCACUGUACUAGACCCUCACUGCAGCAGCAGGGCUGGUCUUGGGCUACUUAGAUCUAACCAUAUUCCCCUUUCCCCCUGCUUCUUUGAUAUGCUACUGCAGCAAGUUCCUCCCGGAGGGAACCCAGAGGAUUGAGAUUCAGAGGAGCAAGUGGACCGACCUGGAAUAUUCGGCCUUCCUGCGUCCAGAUGGCUCAGCGGCCGUUGUUGUCUUGAACAGGUGAGUGGGAGCCAGGUGGCCUCCGAGCUGCCGCUGAACGGCUGUCAGACGAAAAUAAGACGAAAACCCGAAAGAUCAUCUUCUCAGUGGGGUUUCCUCAGUGGGAAACCAGCAAUCAGGAUUCGCACAUAGGAGCAACUCUCCCCUCCUGUGGUUUCCAGCAACUGGUAUUCAGAGACAUUGAUGCCUCCAGCUGUGGCCAUCAUGCCUACUGGCCAUUGAUCGCCCCAUGAAUUUGUCAAGUCCUCUUUUAAAGCGAUCUAGGUUUGUGGCCCUCGCUGCCUUCUGUGGACGGGAGUUCCAUAGUUCAACCAAGCACAGCAUAAAGAAGUUCCUUUCUUUCAUCGGGCCUGGAUCUACCCACAUUCAGCCCCCUCCAGUUCUAGCGCUGCAAGAUUAUUAUUGGGGUAGUGGGUUCAAGCCCCACGUUGGGGAAAAGGUUCCUGCAUUACAGCUCCAUGACUCAGAUUCUAAGAAAUGAAGAAAAACGUUUCAGUAUCUACCGUAUUUUUUGCUGCAUAAAACACACCUGACCAUAAGACGCACAUAGUUUUUAGAGGAGGAAAACAUGGGGGGAAAAUAUUCUUAAUCAAAUGUUGUACUAAACUAUUUAAAGCAGCAAAGCAGACAGGAGCCGCUUACACAUCCCUCUUCCACGCAGCAUUCACUUCAUAAGACGCACAGGCAUUUCCCCUUACUUUUUAGGAGGAAAAAAGUGUGUCUUAUGGAGGAAAAAUACGGUACUCUCUCCACGUCACACAAAAAUACAAAUUUAUUUCUUGCUCGCCUUUCCCCUAAACUAUAAAGCCCCAAAUUCUGUAACCUUUCCUCUUGGGCAAGUUGUUCUGUGCCCUUGAUCGUUCCGGUUGCCCCUGCCAUUCCGUCAGCCUCGUGCGAUUCUGUAGCAUUAAAGGCACCUUGUGGGAAUCACAGAAUUGCAGAGUUGGAAUGGGACCCCAAGAGUCAUCUAGUCCAGCCCCCUGCAAUGCAGGAACCUUUUCUCCAAUGUCUUCCUCUUCUCUUCCUUGACUCCGCUGCCCGGCCUUUGAGCUCGUUUCGGUUGCUGUUUUCUCGUGGGCCAAGGAAGGAGCAUUUCCCUGAUUUUCUCCCAGGGUGCCCUCCAGAACUAUUCCUGGCCAGUGCCAGAUUUAUGUAUAAGCUAAACAAGCUAUAGCUUAGGGCCCCACUCUCUUGGGGGCAAAAAUGUAAAGGGGAAAAAACUGGAAGUACAUUUCCAAAAUAUAAGAUAAAAAACAAAUAAAAUAAAACCUGCAUACAGUUAGAGCUUAAUAAUUAUUUCACUAUCAAUAUAUUUCUUCUUAAUUGUAUUCCACUAUUAAUAUACUUCUUAAUUGUAUUUCAGUUCAACAAUUGCUUUGCUAAAGCACACAUUUUGUUAUGUGCAAAUGGCUUUAGAUACCUAUUAAAAGGUAAAGGGUAAAGGGACUUCGAUGAUUAGGUCCAGUAGUGGCUGACUCUGCGGUUGCAGCGCUCAUCUCGCUUUAGUGACCGAGGGAGCCGGCGUACAGCUUCCGGGUCAUGUGGCCAGCAUGACUAAGCCACUUCUGGCGAACCAGAGCAGCGCACAGGAACACCGUUUACCUUCCCGCCGGAGCGGUACCUAUUUAUCUACUUGCACUUUGUGCUUUUGAACUGCUAGGUUGGCAGGAGCAGGUACUGAGCAACGGGAGCUCACCCCGUCGCGGGGAUUUGAACCGCCAACCUUCUGUUUAACCCACAGCGCCACCCGUGUCCCUUAGAUACCUAUUAGGUCCAUAAAUUACCAUAAAGCAUAUAUUCAACACGAAAAACAGUGACAAUUUGUUGUUGACAAAGUACAGCUGGACAUAUAAAGGGCCCCAUUACCUUCAGUAGCUUAGGGUCUCAUCGAACUGAAAUCCGGCCCUGUUCCUGGCCCAGAUUUUCCCUUCGGCACACCGCCUGCCUGUCUUUCUAAAUCGUUUCCUGUCUCGCCCUCUUCCUCAGGUCCCACAAGGACGUCCCGUUUGUCAUCUCCGACCCUGGCGUGGGCCACAUCGAGGCCGUGUCGACCGCCGAUUCCAUCCAGACCUACCUCUGGGAGCGGCCCAAGGAGGCGUCGGCAGAACCCCCCGCUCAGCAAUAAAUGUUCUGCGCCCGUGAGAUGGGUUGGCGUGAGCAGGGAGAAGGGGAGAUCAGGAUUCUGCAGGAGUCCUGGGGAUGGGUCUGCCCACUCUGCCGGAAGGCCUGUAUGACCCAGGAACGGAACGGGGUGUUUUCUCUGCAGCUGGUGUUGGAUAGGUUUAACGCUCUCAGUUUCAUCCAGAGAGCAGGGGUCAGCAAACGUUUUCAGCAGGGGGCCGGUCCACUGUCCAUCAGACCUUAUGGAGGGCCGGAUUAUAUUUUGGGGGGUGGGAAUGAAUGAAUUUCUGUGCCCCACAAAUAACCCAGAGAUGCAUUUUAAAUAAAAGGACACAUUCUGCUCAUGUAAAAACACGCUGAUUCCCGGACCGUCCGUGGGCCGGAUUUAGAAGGCAAUUGGGCUGGAUCCGGCCCCCGGGCCUUAGUUUGCCUACCCGUGUGUUAACGUUACUGGACCCAAGCUAGCCAUGCCCAUUACUUCCAGCGGGUCUCCUCUGAGGAGGGCCAGCAUCGGCUGCAUAAAAAGGCCAUAAGAUCUUUGAGCCGAAAAAUGUUGCCGAAUGACCACUCCCAUCCAUGAGUGCGGCUGGUGGAAGGUGGAUUUGAACCAUGUUCCUGUCUCCCAGCUCCCAGCAAGCAUGUCCAAGGGAUGGUGGGAGUUGUAGUUCUGCCACAUCUCAAAACCCUGCACUGGCUAUAAAACGCCGAGUUUUAUAAAACGCCUCUCCUUGCUAUUUGAGUUGCCAUUCAUUCCAUAGAGGGCUUCACCAUGCUCACCUCAUGGGGCUGAUCGCUUCCUCCUAUCUCAGAUGUUUUCGUACAAUAAACCAGUUUUUUUUUUCUUUUUCUAAAAACCC